CACUUAUACCGAGGAAAUAUACCGGACGUUUGACAUAUUUAUCUGUGAAUGAGAACUCCUUGGCGUAGCUUUAAUUGAGAACAUGCUGAAAGAGGCAUUAGAAGGGCAGGUUACAGUGGUCUGUAACACCAUUGCCGCCUCAGUGCAGAUUCAGGUGGAGCCCGUGGGUCGCUGGUUUGAGGCAUUUCUGAGGAGGCGGAACAGGAAUGUGUCAGCCUCAUUUCAGGAGUUGGAGGAAGAAGAGGAGUUAUCAGAGGAGUCUGAAGAUGAAGAGCUACAGUUAGAGGACUACCCCAUGCUCAAAACACUUGACCCCAAAGACUGGAAGAAUCAAGAUCAUUAUGCUGUGCUGGGUUUGGCCCAUAUGAGGUACAAAGCAACUCAGAAACAAAUUAAAGCUGCUCAUAAAGCCAUGGUGCUGAAACAUCACCCGGACAAACGGAAAGCUGCAGGAGAGCAAAUCGUGGAGGGUGACAAUGAUUACUUCACCUGUAUAACAAAAGCAAUAGAAAUCCUGUCAGAUCCAGUGAAGAGAAGAGCAUUUGACAGUGUGGAUCCGACGUUUGACAACACUGUACCCUCUAAGGGCGAAGGCAAAGAGAGCUUCUUUGAAGUUUUUGCGCCUGUGUUUGAGCGGAAUGCCAGAUGGUCUACCAAAAAACACGUCCCAAAGCUGGGCUCCAUGGAAUCAUCAUUUGAGGAGGUGGAUAAUUUCUAUUCUUUUUGGUAUAACUUUGAUUCCUGGAGGGAAUUUUCGUAUUUGGAUGAAGAGGAGAAGGAAAAAGCUGAAUGUCGAGACGAGAGGAGAUGGAUAGAAAAACAGAAUAGAGCGUCUCGAGCACAGAGGAAGAAAGAAGAGAUGAACAGAAUACGAACACUCGUCGACACAGCCUAUAGCUGCGACCCACGGAUAAAGAAGUUUAAAGAAGAGGAGAAAGCCAGGAAGGAGUCAGAGAAGAAAGCAAAGGCUGAAGCCAAAAAGAGAGAACAGGAAGAGAGAGAGAGGGCUCGACAAGCGGAGCUGGAAGCUGCACGAUUGGCUAAAGAGAAGGAGGAGGAAGAGGCCAAACAGGCAGCCCAGCUUGCUAAGAAGGAGAAAGAAGCCCAGAAAAAAGCAAUUAAAAAAGAACGACAGAAACUCAGGACAGUGUGCAAGAACUGUAAUUACUUUGCCGAUAAUGAAGCAGAGAGCGUUAAAAUGAUGGAAGAAGUGGAGAAGCUGUGCGAUCGCCUGGAACUUGUGAAUUUACAGACACUAAAUGAGGUUUUGGCAUCAGGGAAUAAAGAGGAGAGCAAGGCAGCGCUGGAGAAACAGGUGCAGGAGGUGAAUGCACAGCUUCAGCGUGAGCGGGAGCUGGAGGUGCAGGCGCAGCAGGCUGCGCGGGGCUCAGACCAGAGCAGCUCAGGGGGCGGCUCAGGAAACCGUGGCUGGAAUGAAGAAGACCUGCAGCUGCUCAUCAAAGCAGUCAACCUCUUUCCUGCUGGAACCAACGCCAGGUGGGAGGUCAUUGCUAACUACAUGAAUCUACACUCAAGCAGUGGCGUCAAAAGGACAGCCAAAGAUGUCAUUAACAAAGCUAAGAAUUUGCAGAAGCUUGACCCUCACCAGAAAGAUGAGAUUAAUAAAAAAGCUUUUGAGAAGUUUAGGAAAGAGCAUGCUGCUGUUCCUCCCACUGUGGAUAAUGCUGUACCCUCAGAGAGAUUUGAUGCCUCCUCUUCAGAUUCAAACAUGGCACCUUGGACAACAGAGGAACAGAAACUUCUGGAACAGGCACUUAAGACCUACCCCGUAAAUACACCAGAGAGAUGGGAGAAAAUUGCAGCCUCCGUGCCUGGACGCACUAAAAAAGAUUGUAUGAAGAGAUAUAAGGAACUGGUGGAGAUGAUCAAAGCCAAGAAAGCUGCCCAGGAGCAAGUGGCGAAUAAAAGCAAAAAAUGACAGGCAGAGCCCACAGGAGCAAUCCACACACAAAGCUACA